GUAGGAAAUAUUCAAACAUGGUGUUCAUCUAUUAUUCAAAUUCUAGAACUAAUCAACUCAACACAUUAAUUAAUAGUCUUCGUUCAUUUCGCUUGAUUACUAGAAAUCCCCGACUAUUACGAGUCUAAUCCAUUGAUUUGUUUCAACAAAAAUUAAUUAAAUUCAUUGGAAACUGACCAGAUAAAUCCCAAUGCACUUUAGUUUUAGAUCAUGUUUUUAAUGCUCCCAAUUAGUACGAGAGCGUUUACAAUAUCUCACCAGCACACACGCAGGAAAGCACUGCCUACAGAGAGAGCCAUUCACUUCAGUUUUCCACUCUGAAGAGACAACGCCAUCGUCAUGGACUGCUUUCGGAGCUUUCAUGACUCUUCCGCCAACCCCUACGAACUUCUUUUCACCGCCGCGACCCUCAUUCCCGUCUGGCACUACUUGUUAGGGUUCCUCAUCAUCUCCUAUGUGUUCCUCUACAACUACUUGGACUUCCAUUUCUGGCAAGACUUUUUCACUGGAUUCAGAGGCUCUUAUGUGGACUUGACAUACAACUCCAAUUCCCACAUCUACCACGGCAUGGUUUCCAAGUGCCGGGUACUCCAUGCCCGGUACUUGGCCACGCCCUGGCUCGCCAGCCCUCAUCUGCAGAAUCUUUUCCUCAAUUUUUUUGGCAACACUCCUGACGUCACAUACCAAAGAGAAUCUUUUCGCCUGUCGGAUGGCGGUACUAUUGCGUUGGAUUGGGCGGCGGCAGCGAGAUCUCAUAUAUUUGGUGGUGGUCUUGUGCCUAAAGAUGACAGCACAACCCCCAUUGUAGUUGUACUUCCCGGACUAACAAGUGAUUCGGAUUCCGCUUAUGUAAGGCAUCUUGCCUUUAACACAGCUAAAAUGGGAUGGAAUGUAGUAAUCAGCAACCACAGAGGACUUGGUGGAGUUCCACUUACUUCAGACUUCAUCUACAAUUGCGGAUGGACUGAUGAUAUUCGCGAAGUCAGUAAUCACCUCCACCAUAAGCAUCCCAAGGCUCCAUUGUUUCUUAUCGGAACAAGCAUAGGUGCCAACAUUUUGGUGAAGUAUCUUGGGGAAGACGGAAACAAUGUCCCGGUUGCUGGCGCUGCAGCCAUCUGUAAUCCGUGGGACUUUCUCAUUGGUGACAGAUUCAUUCAGCGUACCUUGCUGCAGAAGUUAUAUGACAAAGCUCUAACAAAAGGCCUUCAAUGGUAUGCACAAUUUCACCAGCAUGCCUACUCCCGGCUUGCAAAUUGGGACGGCAAGAUGCAUUGCAUUCGACACUACCAUGCUACCUGUGACGUGGAGAAGGUUGAGACUGUCGACACAUUUUACAGGCGCACAAGCAGUUCCAUCUACGUGUGCAACGUGGCGGUUCCCCUUCUUUGUAUCAGCGCGUUGGACGAUCCAAUCUGCACCAGAGAGUCCAUUCCUUGGGAUGAAUGUAGGAACAAUGUGAAUGUUGUUUUGGCCACCACAAAGCACGGCGGUCACUUGGCGUUUUUCGAAGGCUUCACUUGUUCCGGGAUCUGGUGGGUGAGUGCUGUGGAUGAGUUUUUCAAGGUUCUGAACUGUAGCAAGUAUAUGCAUGUAAAGAAGAAUAAGAAGAUUAAGAGUACUACUUCUGGGGCAGAAUUGUCAUUGGACUCUAGUAUUCCUAGGGUUGCAGAAGAUGGAAUCGGAGUGGUGUUUCAAUUGGUGAAGGUAGCUGCAUUUGUUAAGGGAGUUGCAUUCGCCAAAGUUGUUGCCCAAAACUUAGGAAUGGGGGCUUAAGUUUAUAAAACUAUGAAUAAAUAAGAUAUUGUUGAUAUCACUCCAAUAUUGGAUGUGUAUCAACAAAUUGUCAAGCCAAUUGUGUUUAAGAUGUUAUUUGCAGUCCUUUAG